ACUCAUCUGAAGCUCUUGUCCGAGAUUGAGUCUCGACCAGACCCUGUCGAGGUGAGUCCUCUGUUGAGGGCCAAAUCCGAAGACCGAGUAUGGCAGACCCGGAAGUAGGCAAAAUCCUAACCCAAUUUCAUGGGCCUAAUGCAAGAUCUCCGAGCUCCUCUGGAAGCUAUCCUGCAUCUCAAUUUCGAGCUUCCAACACGGAAUCAACACAACCCAGUCCUCUCAAUCACCUGAGCACUCCGACCACUGUCUCCACUUCAGAACCUUCUCCGAAUCAGCCUUCUGCAUCCCCAGCUCAGCCCAGUCCGGCUGUAAAACGAUCUCGGCAAAGACCAACCAAAUCAUGUGAACGAUGCAGAGCAAAGAAGUUGAAAUGUGAUAGGGAGCUACCAUGUAGUAAUUGCAAGAAAGGGGGAAGAGAUGGCAAGGAUUGCGAGUACAGAUUUGGGUCGAACGAAGAAGAGGGAACACCUAAGGCUAAACGACCCCGGACUGUCGUUGAGAAGAAUGGUGUCCAAAUCGCAACCAAUGGCUCAUUUCAUUAUCCGACUUCUCAAGGAAAUGGCGGGCCUGCCCCAAGCGUCGUGGCCGAACAGACGUUUCCACGUCCAGGUUGGUCAACUCACGGGGAGAGUAUUGUUGGAACGCCUGCUUGGGGAAGUCGACAGGACCCAGUGCCAAUACCGAACCAAAACGCUUCGAGCACAACAACUCCUCUUGGGCGGAUAGAUGUGAAAGGACUACGGUCGAGGUACAUUGGCAUUGGGGACAAGAUGGCCGUUUUAGAUCACUUCGAACAUUCCAAAUGUUUCAUCGUCAAAUCUUUCCAGGAUCCAGAGAUAUCACCUAUGAUGCAAGAGCUUUCAACCUUUCAGCGACAUUAUACACCAAGACAUAAAUGCAAGCCCGACAUCAUGCUACCUUAUGGCAGUGAGGAAUUGAUGGCUGAGAUGUUGAAGGCUCUACCUUCAGCCUUUCUAUUUGGCACUUUGCAAGCCAAAUAUGUGUCAAAUUGGGAGACUGUAUUUCGAAUCCUACACAUACCGACUUUCAUGCGAGAGUGCGAUGAACUACAAGCAGCUCGACAAGCCGAAGCACUGACCGUGUUGCCGGAUCAUAUUCCCGUCUGGGUUGUACCUCAAAUAUUGGCCGUCCUUGCGAUUGGAUCACGCCUGAAAGAUCCAAGCGAAAGAAGCGUGAGUGGUGAAGAGCUACCAGAUGAGGCGAUUACGAAGAACUGUCUCAUGGUUCAACGUUGGCUCGAUGAACUGCACGGGAAGAUCACACUCAAUUUCCCAAUAUUACAGACUAGAGCUCUCUUAUUGCUUGCAAGACAUUCGAAUCUCUCGCAUACUUCAGAGUUAUGUCGAAGAUCAGGAGAUCUUGUUCGAUUUGCAAUGACGAUGGGUCUUCACAAAGAUCCAGAAGAAUGUACUGAAAUGUCGAAAGCCCAAAAAGAGAUGCGACGAAAGUUAUGGUUCACAAUUGUAGAGCUCGACAUGCGAUUCUCCCUAGCGGCUGGAAUGCCUGCUUCGAUCACUACUUCGACUUUCAAUGUUCGGCAUCUGAUCAAUGUCGAUGACCAAGAGCUUCAAGAUGAUAUGCCGAACUAUCCUGUUAGCAAGGGAGAUGACGUCUGGACAAAUGCAAUGGCACAGAUAGCACUUUUGGCUUCACUUCGAGACAGACUUAACGCUACAAAUCUGCUUGGUGGAUGUCUUGAUCUGGAACGAGAUGCCCCGGCACUUCUCUCUCAAGCUAAGACCCUGGAACAAGCACUGCGAUCUCUACCAGACCAAUUUCGAGGCUCGACCCGAGCUGGGAAUAGCAACAAUAAAAGAAUGUAUCGACUUUUCACAAGCAUCAUGCUCGAUAUGGCUAUUCGACGACCGUUGGUCGCUCUUUACAGGACGAUUUCAACAAGUCCACAGUCGAGUCGAUAUCCCGAAGCACGAAGGGGAGCAUUACGUUGCUCGCUUGCUAUCUUGUCUCAUCUCGACGCAUUAGAUCCUGCUGUAGCAGACCUCAGCACAGUCAAGUCGAGAGAUUACCUCAAUCUCUUCCAUUUACUAUGUAGAGCCGACAUUAUGCAUUCGGCAAUCAUCGUCUGCUAUGAAAUUAGAUCUUUCAAUUCCUCACCUGAUUCCUCCACAGAGAUCAACGAAGCAGGUCCAACCUCAGACGACUCAUUUCCACAAACGAAACACAGUCUCACGAGGGUAGUCGAGAAUACAUUGAAUAGUAUACUCCAGCGACUCGGCGAGUUUGGAAGUGAUUUGAAAGAUAUCUUGCCUCUUGCUGUGGUUCUUCAAUCUGUGCGUUCUGAUGGGUCACAAGAAGAGAUCAGGGAAAGCAUGAUUAAGGGUACUGAAAGAGUACUUAAGGCAUGCAGGACUGUCAUGCCAAGUAUCGAGCACGCAGCGUUGUUGAAUAGUGUUGCGAGAGGAAAUGAUUCUGCACAACAGGCAGCAGCGACCCUUUUACCAGCCUCGUUUAGGAAUAACUCGGGCUUCGAUACUAGCAUGGCUCAGCCAGGCCAACCAUACGGUGGUUACGGAGGCAAUCAGACAUGGGGUGAUUUCAACGUUAUACCUAGCGAUCUCAACUUUGCAGAUUUCGAUCUCGGUUUCGGCUUCACGGACUGGGACAUGAACCAAUAUUAUCUCUAAACUUUUCAUACAAUAUAAACAGCACUAUGCAUAAUCCUAAUAUACAC